AUGCUGGGAGUUUUCCUUUUUUUCGCAGCUCUGAUCGGCGCGGCCCAUCAAGAGGACGUUAUGAUCCGUCGACUCCAUUGUUCCAGACCUGUGAGGAAUUCUCCAAAGAGCUCAGAAAUCUUCGGUUCAGGAUGCUCCGUUGACGAUGUUGGCCAACGAUUGGCCUCUUCACCUGGCGUUUGAACGGCCUUUGAAAAUUGGCGACAUAUUACGUUACUCCUUCGUUUUCAAUUCCGACGGGAAAGCAGAGUUCGUGGUUUCCUUCAACUAGUCAAAUGAUGCAACAUUUUUCCAUGGUUUACCAAAAUCAAAUUUCUACUGAGACGUUGGCUGUUUUGGGUCGCGAAGAGGCGUGACAUUGUCUCAAUCAGACAGUAUUUCUUUUAAUCGUGUUAGGACCCUUUUUUCGUUGACCCAAGCCAGCUGUGUUUCGGCUAUAUCUAAAUCCAUGUAUAAAUCAAAUGCUGCAGCUCGACGGUCGACCUGCGGAGCUACGACGAAAGUUUGCCGUUUGAUGAGGACCUCAUAACUCUUCAUUUACGCUUCAGGAGCCAAGAGAAACGCCUCGUCGUCAACGCCCAUGAGGUCAGCAGUCUGUGAAGCCUUUCUUUUUGACUUUGCACGUUCCUUAAUUCGCCGAAGAGGACUAUGAAUGUGAUUGAUUUGUCUUGAAGUUGUAGAAAAUGACAUGUUCAGCCCUUAAAAAACGUUAAAAGCAAAAAAAUAGGCUCACUAAUUCUUCUCACCAGCCAAAAAAAGAUUUUCACAGACGCCAGGAGUCUGGCAGUCAGAUCACGAGCAGUCGAUUCCGUGGAAGGACCAUUGGGCUCCUAACCACUUGAUCACCAUUGAAAUUCGGUUUGUUUUCCAUUUCAACGCCUUUUUUCUAGUCGUUUAUACGUCAUUUAGUCUCUUUUCUCUCCAUUUUGGUUCAGACUCGUUCAUGAUUUAUCGGUUUAGCUAUACAAACGCCGGAUUCGAGAUCUACGAGUUGGAUCCGAACGGGGCUCAGCCGAUCACGACGUUCCCCAACAAGCAUUCCAAACACGACCUGUUCACAGCCUCCGAACAGCCCUUCUUUAUCAACGCCGCCCAGCUCAUUUGCAACGGAAACUGA